CCCGACCCUGAAGGUCUUCCGGUCUCUUCUCCAUGCGCCACACCUCACUCGACAAAUGAAAGCUCUCGUAAAUAAUAGAAAUGGACGGCCUUCCACCUCCUCAUCCUACCUCGACCGCCGGGUCGGACAGUGGCGACCACAGCGCAUCCAACAACAACCCCAAUAAAAGAAAGCCCGAUGGCGCCAAUCAACCUACUCAACGUGCAAAGCGCAAUCGUUAUAUAUCCAUUGCCUGCAACGAAUGUAAACGGCGCAAGAUUAAAUGCAAUGGACAAACGCCUUGCCAACGAUGCGGCAACCUUGGCCUUGAGUGUCUAUAUGCACCGAACUGCUGCGGAAGCUCGUUUAAAGAAUCCGACGAGUUCAAACGGAUGGAUGCGCAGAUAAGAACGCUACAGGAUCAAGUCGAUAACUUGUUCGCGAGCAUGUCGGCCUUGCGCAGCUCACAGGAUAUCAAUACUCCAACAAUAGAGUCAGGCUCUUAUCCCCGCCGACUUCAGUCACGUUCCGUCUCGGUUUCACAGCCGUCGAUUCCUAAUCCCAGCUCUCCGCUCAAUCAGAUCCACCAGGCCACUCAAGAUAGACGAAUUUCGCGUACCCCAAGGUUUCAAGGACCAACAAGCUCUGCGUUUGGUUUCGAUGUUGCUCGAUCAAGUCUACAAACAAUGGGCAUCACCAGUCCUGAAGACAUAGGACCCGAUGGCGCUCUCCCUCGUAAUGCCCUCCCUGCCCCAUCCCCGCCGCAUUCUCCAAUCAAGAUACACUCGACGAAAGAUCCGAUAUGGGGUCUGUCACGACAAGAUGUUAUGCGACUCUGUCAAGUCUAUGAGGAAGAAGUGGGCGUCAUGUAUCCGGUCCUUAGCAUCGACUUUCUCAUGCGACAUGCGAAUCUCUUAUAUACUUUCAUCGAAGCCGCAGCCCGGAGCGGGUUUGCCCAGCCUUCACUGCCUGGCGCGGAUCAGCUUCAAGACAAAUAUACAAACGUGUUGAAAAUGGUACUUGCGACGGCUUUGAUGAUUGAGGGCGACGGUCAAAGUGAGGUCGGAGAGAGGCUCUAUGAGACCGUCCGGCCACAUGCCGAAAACUUCUUGUGGGCGCCUGUGGAGGUCAGGGACAUUGUUUUGUUGGUUGUCAUUUCAUUUUAUCAUUUUCAUCGCGACGAGGAGACACUGGCCUGGCGCACUAAUGGAUUGGUUGUGCGAUUGUGCCUAGAGCUUGGCCUUCAUCGCCGUGAGUGCCUGGACAAGUUAUUUGCCGGCUCUGAGAAUGAGCAGGAGCGACGUGCGCGCGCUAUUGGCAUCUUUUGGUCCAUCUACGUUCUUGAUCGACGGUGGAGUCUAAGCACCGGUCUACCGUUUGCACUCCAGGACUCGGAUAUCGAUCCAAGCUUGCCUGAGCCAGACGCUUCAUCUCACUAUUUACUUGCCAUGAUCGCAUACAGCCGGAUUGGUUCACGUGUCUGGAAGUCUGUGGCCGGACUCGAUGGCUCAGUCAGCGAGAUUCGUCGCGAUGAAAUGGGAUUCCUCGACUAUCAGACCCUUCAAUGGCAUAAUUCCAUUCCAGAAAAUUUACGGUUCUAUCAUUUCGAGUCUCCACAAGGAACUAACUUGGAGAACCGCGGCCUGGCUCGAUUACGGGUGAUCCUCUAUCUUCGAGCGAAUCAAAUGCGUAUCCUUAUCUAUCGUCCGGUGCUACAUUCUGCUACGAGCAUCGUAGAGAACCGAGGUUGCGCUCAGACCGUUGUGGAUGUGGCCAAGGACACGAUCCGAGUCCUAUCGCGGCUUAAUCAGGAGACAGACAUUUAUCGAACUCAGCAAGUCUGUUUCAAUUACUUUCUAGUCUCGGCAUUGGCGGUGCUAUUCUUGGCCGUUUCGCACGCUCCAGCACAGUUUAGCAGCCUCGCCCGAGACGAGUUUUACAUGGCUCUUGAUCUCGUCAAGGGCUUUAGCACUAAAUCGUACAUCUCAAAGCGUCUUUGGAAGACCAUUGAAGGACUAAAAGUCGUGGCACCGAAGUUGGGUCUUGGAGUACAACACUUUGGUCAAUCUGAGAGCGACGCUCAUUCUAGCGCUGCCAUGGCCAUGGCCGGUCUCGCAGGUCAUCCAGUGGGUCCAGUGGCAAGUUAUCCUGAUACAGCCGCUACAAUGAAUUCAGCAGUGGCUGGGACCACUCCCGUUGAUGGAUAUCAGAUGAGUAACGAAUUGACUCAUUUGUUUGAGGCCGCCGGAGUCUUGAAUGGCGGAACCGAGGGGAUAAAUGGAUAUAAUGGCGCACAGUCUGUCCCAAUUCCUCGGGAUGGCUCAACUCACCCGAAUCUCGAAGGGCAGCAGGAAGCUCCGAAGGUUAUUCGGCAUCUUUUUUGACCUGUGGUGCAACGUUCUUUUGGUUAUAUUGGCGAAGGGCGUUUUGAGUGUAUAAAGCAGAAGCAAUACUGGGAUUGAGAUCAUAUGCUUUCUCUUGAUGGUC